CCAUGGAGAAGAUCUUGUUGGGUCUCUUAUUUCUCUCAGAGUGCUUGGUCCUCUCCACCUGCCUCGUCCGUCGCUACCACUUCGUUGGUCAGAAGUUGACUUGGACCGAAGCUCAGAAAUACUGCAGAGAGAAACACACGGACCUGGCCACCAUGCAGAACCAUGAGGAACAGAACCAACUCAGGAACACACUUUCAUCUGCUGGUUCCAGCUCUGACGUCUGGAUCGGUCUGAGGCAUGAAGUCGACUGGAAGUGGUCUGAUGGGUUCAACGGUACCGGAGCUGACUACACGGACUGGAGAAGUGGCUUUCCAAUCUUUCACUCAUGCCGAUGGUUCUGUGUAUACAUCGUAUGGUCAUCAUCAAGCUAUUCAUCAUCAUGGGGGGACUAUCCUUGCCAGUCAAGAAUACGCUUCUUGUGUUACAAAGGAUCACAGCAGAAUCCUGAAUAUGUUUAUGUGAACGAGGCGAUGAACUGGUCCAGUGCUCAGAGUUACUGCAGGGAGAACUUCAUAGACCUGGCCAUUAUGAGGAACGAUGCAGAGAGAGAGGCGGCCCAGAGGGAAAUACCUGAUGCAUACGGGGUUUGGAUGGGCCUGUAUAGAGAUCCAACCUUUAACUGGUCUGAUGGGAGCACCUUCCUCUUUGAAAACUGCGAGGCUGCUGAUAAUCCCUUGAACUCGAUGAGAGUUAUUUGUGGUGUUUCUUCAAGCAGCUCAGGACAAUGGAAGUUUCGGUCCUGUGAAACCAGAUUACCGUUUGUCUGCUACAGUUAUGACACACCAGGCGUGAAGAAGACGGUGGUGAAGGUGAAAGUGAAGGUGGACGGCUCUGUGGACCUGAAGGACCCGGCGGUGCAAGAACAACUCCUGAAACAGCUCCAGGACAAACUGAAGAAGGACGGAGUGGACGGAGUCACCCUGAAGUGGAAAAAGCAGAAGGAUGGAGAAGUUUUCCACAAGGAGGACGAGUUGUGAGAUAGAAACCCAGAUCCAGUGAUGAGUGACGGAGGUUUAGUGUAGUUGGAGAUAGAAACCCAGAUCCAGUGAUGAGUGACGGAGGUUUAGGCCCAAUCCCAAUACUCCCCCUACUUUCUACCACUAGCCCUCCCUCACUACCACUAGCCCUCCCUCACUACCACUAGCCCUCCCUCACUACCACUAGCCCUCCCUCACUACCACUAGCCCUCCCUCACUACCACUAGCCCUCCCUCACUACCACUAGCCCUCCCUCACCACCACUAGCCCUCCCUCACUACCACUAGCCCUCCCUCACUACCACUAGCCCUCCCUCACCACCACUAGCCCUCCCUCACUACCACUAGCCCUCCUCACUACCACUAGCCCUCCCUCACUACCACUAGCCCUCCCUCACUACCACUAGCCCUCCCUCACUACCACUAGCCCUCCUCACUACCACUAGCCCUCCCUCACUACCACUAGCCCUCCCUCACUACCACUAGCCCUAAAAAAGAAGGGACAGAUUUUAGGGACUCUAAAUCUUCCCAGGUCUGUCCCAAU